AUGGAGUCCACAAUACAUUUCGCGAACGCUCCGCGACCGAGGAGGUCAGCGGAUGACUUAGACAUCGGCGGCGUGGUGCCACUUCGCACGCGCUCCCGGUCUCGUGGGAGGAAGAGCUCCGUCGAUAUCCUCAAGAUCGGCCAACUUGAGAGUGCCGAAGAUGAGGAUGCAGGUCUUCGGGACGAGCGUGACUACAAGCGAAAGCAGAUCUUCAGUAUCAAACAGAUGUUUGUGCUUGCCUACCAAUCCAUCGGAGUCAUCUACGGGGACAUUGGCACUUCUCCCCUCUACGUGUAUUCGUCAACGUUCAUGGAAGCACCUAAUCGGCCAGACCUCUUAGGCGCCCUGUCGCUCAUACUCUGGUCGAUUACGAUGAUGGUCACCAUCAAGUAUGUCCUGAUCAUCUUGCGCGCCGACAACAACGGUGAAGGCGGAACGUUUUCCACGUACUCCUUGCUAUCUCGCUACGCAAACAUCGCGAAUCGAGAUCCCCGCGAAGCUACUAUGAUUCGUAUGGAACGUCACCUGACCGGAGAAUUGAGCCGCUCAACCAGGGGCGUUCGCUCCACUAUCGAAAAGACCAAGUUCUUCCGCGGCCUUUUAAAGACGAUCGGAGUGCUCGCCGUCUCCAUGGUCAUGGCCGAUGGCGUGCUGACUCCAGCUCAAUCCGUCCUUGGCGCUGUCCAGGGACUGAACGUGGUCAAGCCAGACAUCGACAAAUCUACCGUUAUUGGAGUCACAUGUGCCAUUCUCAUCUUACUGUUCCUCCUCCAGCCUCUUGGUAUAACCAAGAUUACGGUCGUCUUCUCCCCGGUCGUCAUCAUAUGGCUUGCUUUCAAUGCAGGGUUCGGCAUAUAUAAUCUCGCAAGAUAUGACUAUGCAAUCCUAAAGGCAUUCAACCCGUUCUACGCAUUUGACUACCUGAUACGCAAUAAGUACCAGGGAUGGCGAAGCUUAGGCGGCAUUCUUCUUGCCUUCACCGGUGUCGAAGCUCUCUUCGCCGACAUUGGCGCCUUCAGCAGGCAUGCAGUGCAAAUCAGUUGGCUUGGAUAUGCCUAUCCCUGUUUGCUGCUUGCAUACACUGGCCAGGCGGCGUAUAUCAGCGAGCACCCGGAAGCGUAUUCGAAUCCCUUCUAUAACUGCGCUCCGGACGGCUGGCUCAUUCCAUCCCUCGUCGUUGCCAUUGCCGCAGCCGUUGUAGCAUCACAAGCUAUGAUAACUGCUACGUUCCAGCUCCUCACUCAGAUCAUGAAACUGUCCUACUUCCCCCAGAUCCGCGUGGUGCACACGUCGAGGACGUAUCACGGACAGCUCUACGUUCCUUCGAUCAAUUGGCUGCUCAUGAUAGGUACUGUGCUCGUCGCGGCCAUCUACAACAACACCACCUCCCUCGGUAACGCCUACGGCGUGUGCGUCAUGUUUGUCACCUUCUUCGAUAGCUGCAUGGUGACUCUAGUUGCCAUCGUCGUCUGGCGCAUCAAGCCUUACUUCGUCUUCCUGCCGUGGCUGACCAUCGCAUGCUUGGACGGCACUUUCCUCUCCUCGGCACUGCUCAAAGUCCCGGAUGGCGCCUGGUUUACCCUCGCGCUCGCUUCGAUACUUGCUUGCAUCUUCAUCCUUUGGAGGUUUGGCAAGGAGCAGCAAUGGUUCGCCGAAGCCGGCGAUCGAUUUCCGACUACGCAUUUUGUCCAGACCCGCGACGACGGAAGGCUGCAGCUUAGCAAUACGUUUGGCGGUAAGGCAAUCAGCUCGAUCGAAGGCUUCGGCAUUUUCUUCGAUAAGGCUGGUGAGACGACCCCUAUCGUUUUCAGCCAGUUCAUCCGAAAGUUGGUCACUGCUCCAGAAGUCAUUGUCUUCUUCCACCUUCGUCCUCUUGAUGAGCCCUCUGUGGCUCCGGGAAAUCGAUACUUUGUCUCCCGCCUCGCAAUGCCGAAUUGCUACCGCCUAGUUGUCCGCCACGGAUACAUGGAUGAGGUCAUCACCCCCGAUCUUGCGUCCCUCAUAUUCGAGAAAGUGCGCGAUCAUAUCGUAACCCGCGCACUGGACCGCGAAGGCGAGAGGCAGCCCGCACCUACUACUUCCGGCAUCGACCUCGGCAAUCCCAAGGAGCUCCACAAGUUGAACGCCAAGCUAGUCCCCUCCGAGAAGGAUGGGUCCAUGCCUUCCUCAUCUGACCCAGAAACCAGACAGGCACCUACUCCCACGCUGAGCGCAUCAAGCACCUCCGCCAGGCUUUCCGCUCUCGAGCGCGCUUUCAACCACGAAGUGCUCUACAUCGUGGGAAAAGAGCAGAUGAGGGUGAAGGGCGGCACUAAUUUGUUCAGGAAGGCGGUUUUGAAGCUUUUCCUCUUUAUCCGGGAGAACACAAGGACAAAGAUUGCGAGCUUGGAUUUGGACCGAGACCGGGUGAUCGAGGUUGGAUUUGUCAAGGAUGUGUGA